AUGGCGACCAAGGAUGAGAACCCUUCCGACACGAGGGAUGCCUUGGACAUCCUCGAGGCAGAAGGCAAAGAGUGGGAGAAGGAUGCAGAGAUCGACCGAAUUCUCAAGGCCUUCCGACUAGAUGCCUACGCCGUUUUGGGCCUAAAGCCUGGAAUUCCCGAGUCCGACAUCAAAAUCGCUUACCGUAAAAAGUCUCUACUCAUCCAUCCUGAUAAAACGAAGAACCCGCUGGCGCCAGAUGCCUUCGACCGAUUGAAGAAGGCGCAGACGGAGCUGAUGGACGAGAAGCACCGCAGUAAUCUAGAUGAGGCCAUAGCGGACGCGCGCAUGCUGCUGAUCCGCGAGAACAAGUGGACAGUCGACAGCCCGGAGCUGAAGACGGACGACUUCGCCAAGAAGUGGCGAGAGAAGACCAAGGAAGUGCUGAUUGACAACGAGCACCGGCGCCGCCGCCAGAUGAAGGCCCAGAUGCAAGAAGAGGGUCGUGAGCAGAAGCGUCAGGACGAGGAGAUUGAAGAUCGCAAGCGCAAGAGGCAGCACGAGCAGGACUGGGAGGCAACACGUGACCAGCGUAUCGAUAGCUGGAGGCAAUUCCAGAAGGGCAAGACGGGUGGUGAUUCGGGGAAGAAGAAGAAGAAGCUGAAGCCCAUCGGCUGA